AUGGCUAUGACGAAUCAUACCCAGACAGAGGACGAUGAUUGGACAACUACCUUGGGAAGUGUGAUCGACGAGGAAGACCAACCCGAAGAAGCAAGUGAUGAAUGGGUAACAACAGAUGGAAGCGAGGUAUCUUUCGGAAUAGACCAAUAUGAAGGAGCCAGUGAUGACCGGGAGACAAUUAGGGAAGACGAGGGUGACCGUGUCCCAGUUGACACCCAUACGAUUCCCCCGACUCAUUUCAACUCCCAUCUCGACGCAGUAGAGAUGCGCUCUCUACAAAUCCCUGAAUUAGUUCUAUCUUGGAUCGCUCAUCUCCCACAGCGAGGUCAAGCCAUUGAGUGCGCAAACGAAAAGGAAGCCGUGGUACCGCCGAUCCAUCAUGUAGCGGAACGCCCUCAUUGCGGACGCCAGUAUCGUGGUUUUGGUCCUGAGUCCUUUAGUAAGCGCUGGGCGUCACUGUCUAUCGAGGAACGGAAAGAACAGGAGAUCAUGGAGUUGAUGUGGUUUCGGGUCUGUGUCCGCCAGCAAUUCAGGACAGCUUUCAAUGUCAACGGCAGACUUAGGACAGCGCACUGGGACUUGCUGUUCACCAAAAAUGAGGAUGGAACACUUAUGUUUCCGCUUGUUUUGCGAACCCCUCUUCGCAUAUACAAUACCGCUCUGGAGCUUCGCGAAGGACUUACCGAUAUUGACACUCCAUGCAGUACCUUGCAGAAGCGAAAGCGAAGCAGUUCAGCAGAUGAGCCCGAAGAUGGUUCUGGUCACUUCGAAAGAGAAGGUGGUGCGAAGAGGGCUCAACUUUGGACCGAGACAAUCCCUAACGGUGCAAAAGCCCCCAGCUCGAUCAAAAAAAAAACCGUCAAUGCACUGGUGAACUUGAUCCUCAAGUUGCAGCAGAAUGAAGGGUUGCUAGGAACACAGGUGAAGAAGAUGGAUGUGACUAUGGAGAACAAAUCUGAGAGAAAAUAA